AUGCGUCAGCGCAAUCGUAUGCAACGUGUUCAUGGCGAUCAUGAUCCCUUGCCUGAGUUCACUAGCGACACCCUCCGUUCGGUAAAGGCUUCGUGGGACUUCUUCAUAGCAUGGCUGAAAAUCACCUGGUUUGACAUAUUUGUCAUGUCGGCAAUAGGUGGCGCUGCUUUGGGAAUUUACAAUGCGCCUCUAGCCGCGACGCGCAACUUUCCCAUCACCUUCAACGGCUCUGGAGACAUCAUAUACCCUCAGUGGGCAUAUCCUGAUCGCGGCUGGAUCAUCGAUACCUGGCUGUCUGCAUUGCUGUCCGCCGCCAUACCAAUCGCCGCCAUUCUUCUCGCCCAGUUCCGCGUGAGAAACAUCUGGGACGUGAACAACGGCAUCAUCGGCCUGAUAUUCUCCAUCUCGCUCGCCACGCUAAUUCAAGUCAUCGUCAAACAGCUCAUUGGCGGAUUCCGACCCUAUUUUCUGGCUGUCUGUAUGCCCGACGUCACGCGAGCAGCUAGCAAUAACGCAACGGGACUCAAUGCUGUUGGCUUCCAGCAAAUCAUGUACUCAGUCGAUGUUUGCACGCAACCAGACCGCGACAAACUGAAGAAUGCGAUGACAUCCUUCCCCUCUGGCCAUUCAACGGCCGCGUUCGCAGGUUACAUCUACCUAUUUUUGUAUCUGAACGCUAAACUCAAGGUCUGGGCAGACUACCGCCCGGCUCUUUGGAAGAUUGCAUUGACUUUUGCGCCACUUCUGGGCGCCCUACUUAUCGCGUGUUCUCUCACCAUAGAUCAGGCUCAUAAUUGGUAUGACAUCGUUGCUGGAAGCACAAUCGGAACUACUGUAGCGUUUGGGUCCUAUCGCGGAUGCUAUGCUGCUAUUUGGGAUUGGCGGUUCAACCACAUUCCUCUGCAAAGGCGCGAUCAUUUUAUCUACUCCCCGGGAGAUGGCAUGGAAUACAGGAAUGAUGUGUUCACGAGAUCCGGUGGCUGGGGAGCAAUACGGGAAAAGGCAGCAGAGAAGAGCCCGCCCAGUAGGAGAAGCAGUGCCUACUACGCUGAUCAACAGACUGCGUAUCACGGAGCUUCGGAUAGGGAUGCCUUGCCAUCACAGCUACCGAGAACACGCUAUAAACAGCGGAGGGGCCAGCCUCGGGGGGACGAAGCCGUUUGA